GCGUGCUUUCGUAAUCGCGUCUGUGUAUUGUGUGUUUUCGUUUAUAUCACCGGUCUCGUAAGUAACGAAGUUUCAGUGUGAAUGGCAGUUGCGAUAUUUCAUUCUAAAGUAAAUAAAUCACCAACCGUGACGAUAUGUAACGUGCUUAAUUUAACCAUGGCCGGCCUGCGGACUUCGAACGGUGGAUGUUGCCUACUAUCUAAGCACAUUAAAUAACUCAACAUCACGAUAAUGUCGCGUUGAAGAACUUACACUAAGCAAAGUGCAUAUCUACAGACAUUUGUGGCGAAUGUGUAAUUGUGUUUGUGGUUGAGGAUAUCAAAAAUAUGACGGUGAAAUGUCACAGCCGGACAGGACACUGACCCGAAUCGUUAUUUGAUCAAACAUUAGAACGCGUGUGAGUGUCAGGUGGCGAUGACGCGGGGGGAGGGCGUACCCCCGCGCUUAUCAGGAGAUAAGCCGGCGGUUGAUAACGGCGGACUCGCAAACGUAGGCGAGGCUUCACCGUGACCAGGCCGCUUGGAACCCAGCGGCCGCCGCCCGCCAUGCUGCACUCGUUGAACGCACUCGCCGGCAAGAUAUCGCCGGGCGGCGGCCUCGACUCGAACGCGAACAGACACUCGCAUCCGAACAGGAACCACAAGACUACGUCGCCAUCGUCGCCGUACUCCAAGACGAAUGGGAUGAAUAUGAACAUAAAUAACAACAACAGUACGAGCAUCAACAAUAACAACAAUGACGAAAAGCCAAAUGAAAUGCCGGACCCUGAUUACAUAAAGAUGUUCGUUGGUCAAGUGCCUAGAAGUAUGGACGAGAAUGAUCUCCGGCUGAUGUUCGAGGAGUUUGGGAGGGUGCAUCAGAUUAAUGUAUUGAGGGACAAGAUUACUGGAGCGAGUAAAGGGUGCUGUUUUGUGACGUUUUUCACGCGGAAAGCGGCGUUGAAAGCCCAGGACGCUUUGCACAAUAUCAAAACGCUAAGUGGGAUGCACCAUCCGAUUCAAAUGAAACCGGCUGACAGCGAGAACAGAAACGAACGCAAGCUGUUUGUUGGCAUGCUGAAUAAGAAGCUGUCAGAGAAUGACGUUCGCGCCUUGUUCUCAAGUCACGGAGCUAUAGAAGAAUGUACGGUGCUGAGAGACGCGCAGGGCCAGAGUAAAGGUUGCGCGUUCGUAACAUUCGUAUCGAAACAGGCGGCUAUUGCGGCUAUCAAGUCACUACAUCACAGUCAAACGAUGGAGGGUUGUUCGGCGCCAUUAGUUGUAAAAUUCGCGGAUACACAGAAAGAGAAGGAACAAAAAAAGUUACAAGCUAUGCAAGCUAGUUUAUGGGGCUUGACGACCCCGGUUGCACCUACUGCGUACUUGGCGUCUGAGGCAGCAUUAUCACCCGCAACACAGUUGCAAUUGUUGCAACAACUUCAAGCAGUUGGCCUCCAACAACAACUUCUACAAGGACAAGGAUCGACGUUGUUGCAAGGUGUUAACUAUCAGGAUAUCGGUUUCAAUGGCGCAGGGCUGAGCGGAAACGCUGUGAGUGGUGUUGGAAACAUAGGAGGGGGAGCCGCGGAACAGCUAGGGGGCUUACUGGCUCCUGUUAGCGUGCAGAACUUAGCUGCGCUAGCGGCCAUGACGCAGCCUGUAGUGACGCAGGCGGCGCCGAUGGCACCCGCUGCUGCACCACAACCAACUGCACAACAGUUGUGUCUUCUCGGGAAGACUAAUAUCACAGGGUCCACAGCGGAGCCACUAGGGUCAGCGUAUGCGGCACAGUUCGGCACAGCGUAUGCUGCAGCACCUCUCGGCUCCGUACUCGGUUCUGCGGCCGCAGCUGCUGCAGGCAAGCAAGUCGAGGGACCGGAAGGUGGUAACCUAUUUAUAUACCACCUGCCACAGGAGUUCACCGACACCGACCUCGCGUCAACCUUCCUACCGUUCGGUCACGUGAUAUCGGCCAAAGUGUUCAUAGACAAACAGACGAACCUAUCAAAGUGCUUCGGUUUCGUCUCCUACGACAAUGCAGCCUCCGCACAGGCCGCCAUUCAAGCAAUGAACGGCUUUCAAAUAGGUACAAAGAGACUUAAAGUUCAACUGAAACGUUCUAAAGAGCUAUCAAGACCGUACUAGAAUAUUCCAGAACUCGUUCCUAGUGAAUUUACAAAGAAAAUAAAGAAAAAAUAUGGAGAGGUUGUAAGUUUUUGAACAUUUGUUGUGAUGUAUCCGGUGCACUUGAACUGAUGAUAGUCGUAAGGUUCGUUCGGAAUCGCGAGUCCACGUGCACAGUUGUUAACUAAUAAGUAUAAGGUUAAGGUUUGUGUCAAAGGAUUUAUCGUUUCCAAAGUAUUCCCCAAAUUUGUUUAUUACUAUAAUAAUUAUUUUUUAAAUAAUAAGUUUUAGUCACUUUAAGCAUAAGUUGAAUGCGUUAAUGAACCGUUGCGAUUUUUACGCGCCAAAGAGCUGUCAAUAGUUGUACGCUUUUUACUAACGUCUGUGUCAUAUUGUAAUUUAAAAAAAAAUAUAUUUUGUCAUUCAAUGUUUACACAAUACCAUGUAAGUAUUGAUGAUAUUUAUUUACUGAUACGUUCUAUGUGAACUUUUCUGUUUGUGUUACCACUUAUAAAAAAGUGGCCAUAUUAAUUUACAGUCUAUAAUUCUUCUUGUUUAAAAUUAUAAGGUGUUAGAUUAAUAUAAUGAUCUCAAAACGAUCAGUGUAUUUAUUAACUACAUAUUUUCAAUAGUACUUACAUAAAUAACCGGGGAUCGAAGAAAGAAACAAAACCUAACCCUAAAUUAAUAAAUCGAACAAAUCAUUAAAAAAAAUCUAUCAUUAUUAUUUGAUUAUUUAUAUUUAAUCUUUAAAAAAAAGAUUGCAGUGACCCUCAUUUACAGGAAUAAUUAUUAUAUCCUUAUAUAAUAAUAACUAAUUUGAAAUAUCACAGCGAAAUAUAACUGAGUAUUUCAGAAACAGCAAUCUAUGCGAACAACUUUUUUAACUAUUAUUACUUUGGGUAAUCAAUAAAAAUGUUUUACUUCAAAUAGACUAUCUUUCGACUGCUGUUUUAAAGGACAAAAUACAAAAUAAUUCAAGGGUUCAAUUUUGAAAAUAGUAUCGCUGGGUACAUAGUCAUAUUGAUAUGCUCGUUAUUUUUUUCUCGUUUAUUUUUAUAUGAAUAUUUAUUACAUAAUAGUGUUCAUUCAUAAACACUUAUGUAAUACAUAAUCAUCCAUAGUUGAAAAAUCAGGGAUGUCUACAAUUUGCAUAUGUCUGAUUCGGUAAUUGUAUCUUGUCAAACCCACACAAAUGCGUCAUGAUUUAGUUCACGAUUAAUCAUUACAACACUUAAAAAGUUUUGUCAAAUUACUCUGUGAAUGUUUAACGAGAGAAAUACAAAUUUUAAUAAUACAUUUUCCUACUUACGUAUAUAAACUAACAUCGAACUUUGACCGUUUAGUCAGAAAUUUUUUGUUAGAAUUAAGUAUUUAAACAUAGACUAAGUUUUUUUUUGUGUAAGUUCGACAUACAUUAUUUAUAGUUCAUUUGAAUAGUAUUUGUAUACAAUACUUACUAACUGACGUAUUUCGAAAUAGCCAACACUUCCGAGUAAAUAUUUCAGAUAAUUUUUUUUUUUUUCAUUUUAAAGUCAUUUUCGUAAAUUUAACAAUUGUAUUGAACAUUGUUAUUGUUUUUUUUUUUACAAAUACUAUUGACGUGAACUAUACAAAUUUAUUGUUUUUUUUUUCUUACUAUUUAAGUACGGUUAGCUCUUAAAAUAUUUCUUAUUAUUCUUGGCUUACAGUUCAUCACUUUUCGGGUUAAUUAUUGUUGAAUUUAUUCUUUGCUAAUUAAAAUUUCUUUUUUCGAUCACAUUCUAGAUUUUGAUGCUGUCACUGUUAACUUCUAGAAUAUUCUAAUUUUAUAAAUUAAGUAUUACUUAAUAUAUUUUAUUAAUUUUCACAUACACUAUAAAUAAUGUAAUGUGAUUAUCGAAUCGCUCAAUGGGGAUAUGUUUAUGUAAUUUACUUUAUUUAAAUGUUUCUUAAAAUAAAAGGUUACCCAAGUAUUUUGUUAUUGUGCCAAUGCAUUACGAAGAAUGACUAAAUAAUUUACUAUGUUUAUUUAUCCGAAGAACUGAUACAGUUGCGGUACGAUAAUCGUACGAAUUGAAUUUAAUUGUGAUUUGUAAAGAAAAUAUAUUGCGACGUUUGGCUUAACAAAUACCUUAUAAUUUAAAAAUUUAGUAAAUGUUUUUGAUGUCUGAUGAAAGACAAUAUUUAGACUGAAUAAGUUCCCUUUUCUAGAUAUAGAACGACUGUAUCAUCAUUCAGUAUGAUUAUUGUCUUAUUGUGAGUUCUAUUUAAAGAAAAUUUUAAGGGAUUUUUUUUUCCUUAUUUUUGUUGUAAGUAAAUAAAUUAUUCGAAAUGGGGAUGUAUUGUUGAAAUUCCAAACGAAAAUCUAAAUGGAACAAUCACUAACAAAUAAAAAGAUUCGGUUCUUCUUUAUCGAUUUAUAAAAAUAUAAAAAUUCGAAGUUGUGUCCUUGAAAAAUUUGUAUUGCAAAAAUAGUGUAUAUAAUAAUUGAAUAAUAUAUUUUUAAUGUGGUUGUUCUAAUUUAGUGUUGCCUACUAAUACAAUCCUAGACACGACCACUCCGUAUAGUCUGUUCGUAGGUGUGAUCUAAGAAAAGAAAUAUUUAAGAAGAUUUUUUACCUACUUAGAAUUUCUAAGUUAUAAGACCUCAUUGUUAUAAAUAUGUGACAGUAAAAAGCUUUUCAAAAAUAAUUUCCAGAUAAUAAAAAAUGUCUGUUCCACACAUUGGGCUUAAUGAGAUAGUCGUGGUGCGGAGACCACAUAGAAGAAAUUAUUGUUGUUCAUAAGUGUGUUUUUGCUGUCGACUAUAAUGCCUAAAAUUCGAAUAGGUAUUUUAAAAUAUUUUGAAUAUACGCCUGCUUAAACAUUUAACGUAUAAUACUUUAAAAUAUCGUCAUGAAAUUAUUGAAGUUUUUUGGAUAUAUAAAUUUACAAGCAGAUAUUAAAUCAUUGCUCUAAAAAUAUAAAUAAUAUUAAACAAAGAAAGAGCAGGCGUGUAUCCAAUUAUAAACUUCAACCCAUUAUGAUGAUUUAUGGAAUAUUUUUUUUUGUUAAAUUGAUUGAUAUUUGGUAAUUACGAGCUUGAUUUUAUCAAAAGAAUCUAGAAAACACCUUUUUAACAUAUGUAUUCGUCGGACCGAUGUCAAUAUAAGAGAAACAAACAACAAAAAAAUCCUUUAUACUUUUUUUUACAAACGUUAAAACAAUUUUAACAUUUACUUUCAUCAACUUACUUUACUUUAUCAAUCACCAAUUUUAUUAACACUUUUCAUUCAAUGCAAUGCAUCGGUCCGUCGAAAACACACGUGUAUAAAAGAUUCUUAUAACUUUUUAAUUUAAUAAAAGUAACGUCACGGUACCUAUACUAAUUCAGACGAAUAAAAUUUAUUUUUACACUGUUUAGAGGCACCGUAUUUAGUAGGUAAACAAUUGGUAAUUUAAUAAAAAAGAACUGUUUUAUACAACACCCGUUUUGUUGAUAUAAAUGUAAAUAAAUGUCAAGUUAAAAA